CCAUUACUGGAGAAAGUAAAUCAAUUUAUAGCCUUAGUUGGCUAAAAAAAGGCGUUGCACUCAUUCUGAUUGCAAUUUUGGCUCUAAUCCUAAUCAGCCGCGGCACUCCCAAUUCAUUUUUUAGAUAACGAGUCAUUGAAAAAAACACAAAAGCAUCAAGUCAAGUGCCAUAAAGGCCAUCUAAACAAAAUGGAACAAAGCCAAACAAAAAAUAAGGAUAAGUGGGGAAGCUCUCGAGUCAUCCAGGAGGGGAUCUACGAGGGUUAGAGGAAAGAUGGAACAUAAUUUGAACAAAAAAUCAUAGAAGAUACUACAGAUGUCUAAAAAUAUAUGGCUGUGAUCCUGGAAAUGGUGCAUAGCUCCGAUUGCUCAAGGACACUGGCUGGAGGACGGUGUAGUUGUUCAGAAGGAUGCCUCUAAAGAAGACUCUCCUUGGAAACGAGGUUGCCAUGUCGUAGCUGAUUUCCUGUCACUUGUAGUCCAGUUUUUGCCUCUCACCUGGGGAAAUGCAACCCUCCUUAGUUCCUUAGUCUCCUCCUCAAUGAGAAAGGUUAAGGACUUAGAUUUUAUGACUUACCCCAUCAAAAUAUUUACACGGUUCCUGUGAUUUAUGAUCCCCAAUAUGCCCCCGUUUCGCACCUGAAAUCGUUCUCCAAUCUGCGUCUCGGUCUCCGGCUCCGUCUCCGUAUCCGUCCGAGUGUCUGGUGAUUGGCCAGAUAAGAAGCCUUUUGUUUACAGCCCCUUGUGGUCAGUUUUGUUUUCGGCCAUUCAGUUGGAAAAACGACGCACUAUGGCUAGCAUAUGGCACUGGAUACUCCCGAUCGUGCUCCUCGGAUUGCCUUCCAUCCGAGCGGAGUACGGCGAUCUGGCUGGCAACUGGCUGGUGGAUUUUGGCCAGAAGGACCUAAUACUCUCGGAGAAGGAGAGCCACCCACUGGAGCUUCAUAUAUAUAAUGUACAGAUUAAGGAUCCGGAUGCGGAUUUUAGAUUCCUGAUCUACUCAGAGGACGAGGCCAGGGCAUCUGCCUCGCUUACCAUUACCAAGGAUCAAUUCGACGACUUGGGCAGCUGGCGAGGAUCGGUGACAGUGACUGGCAUACGGUUUGGUUACAGCUCCCUGAAGGUCACCCUUGAGGGAGGAACUGAACCGGAAACCUAUCCGGACAACCUGCCCAUUUCCGUCCUGAGAUCGCGAGUGGUGGACGAAAGGGUGACCACAUAUGUCUCCGCUGCCCUCGCCCUGCUGAUGUUCCUCAAUCUGGGCACUGUCCUGGAUCUCCACCGGCUGGCGGGGAUUGUGUGCCGGCCAGUGGGUCCGGUGGUGGGCGUGGUCAGUCGUUAUGUGAUAAUGCCCGGUCUGGGCUUUGGUCUGGGUCGUGCCCUCUGGCCGGGGCAAUGGCCCCUCCAGCUGGCCCUGUUCUACACGGCCUUGGCGCCCAGCGGCGGAUUGGCCAAUGUCUGCACCGUUUUCUGUAAAGGAAACCUCAAUCUUUCGGUGGCCACUACCACCAUCAAUAGUCUCCUGGCACUGGCCUUCUUGCCCAUUUGGAUCAUGGUUCUGGGCCGGCUGCUCUACGACGACGACGAUCUGGAAGUGCCCUUUGGCCAGAUAUCUGGAGGAGCUGCUGCACUGGUCGCCUGUGUGGCCAUCGGAGUCCUCCUGCGACUGUGUGUGCCGAAAACCACCAGGUUCAUCUUUCGGUUCCUCAAACCGCUCUCCGUGGUGCUCAGCUUGUGCCUCGUGGGGCUGACUGUGGGUCUCAAUUGGUUCGUCUUCGAGGAGUUCACCUGGCAGGUCCUGGUAGCAGCCAUCUCGCUCCCUUUGGCCGGCUACCUGGCCACCUACCUGCUGUCGAAGCUCCUCUGCCGCUCCGCCACCGACGCCCUGACCCUGGCCGUGGAGACCAGUGUCCUCAACAUGACCAUGCCCAUUGUCCUGCUGCAGUCCAGCCAGUUGGAGCAGCCCCAGCUGGACCUUGUCCUGGUGAUGCCCAUCACCGCUUCUCUGGUCUCCCUCGUCCUAUUCCUCCUGUUCUACAUUGUUCGCCGAUGCCUGGGCUGGAAUGUGAGGCAGGACGAAGAGGCCUUUGACCACAAGCAGCUGAUGGCAGCCGCGGAGCAGGAAGACGACGGUCCUCACUACGAGCGCCCAUAAAAGUAGGCCACACUCUGGGCCAUCCUGUAGGAAUAUUUUAUAUUUUGGAAAAUCUCUAUUAAAUACUUUAUUAUAAUUAAGAAAAAA